AUGCACAUGCCGCCGCUCGGCCUCGGCGCCGCAGAGGCCGCCGCCUGGGAGACCCACGCGCAACCUCCUGGCAGCCUCACCCUCUCGCAGUCGCAGGGCCACGACAGCACCUUCCUCGGCUGGAUCAUUGGCGGCGACGCCGACGACGUCGCCAUGCCGGGCGUCAUGGACGACCACCACUCCCACUCGGUUCUUCAUGACCUCGACAACAUACCCUCCUCCUCCUCCUCUUCCUCCGUGCUCCCGCCGUUCCAGCCCCACGUCGUCCACCACAGUUCGCAGGCCGCGUUCCCGCCCUUCGUCACGCCGCCCAAACUGCACCACAACCCCAUGCCCGCGGUGCCAGCGUCUCCUCCCAAGCAGACGCCUCUCGCCGCCGGGCUCCUGAAACCCAAGCCGGAGGCGCCGGGGACCGACGACGCUGCCACGGCGGUGGACCAGCUCGCCGAGGCCGCCAGGCUUGCCGAAGCCGGCGACGUCUUCGGCGCCCGGGAGAUACUGGCGCGGCUCAACUACCUGCUCCCGCCCGCCCACGCCGCCGGCGCGACGGCGACGCCACUGCUCCGCUCCGCCUUCUACUUCAAGGAGGCUCUGCGCGCUGCCCUCUCCACCACAACCACCUCCGCCGACGCCUCCUCGCCGGUGGACGUGCUCCUAAAGCUCGGCGCCUACAAGGCCUUCUCCGAGCUCUGCCCCGUGCUCCAGUUCACGCACUUCACCUGCGUCCAGGCCGUGCUCGACGAGCUCGGCGGCGCCGCCUGCAUCCACGUGCUCGACUUCGACAUCGGCGUAGGCGAGCAGUGGGCGUCGCUCAUGCAGGAGCUGGCGCGCCGCCGCCCGGGCGCCACGCUCAAGGUCACCGCAUUGGUGUCCACGGCGUCGCAGUCGCACCACCCGCUGGAGCUGCAGCUCGUCCACGAGAACCUGUCCAACUUCGCCGCCGACACCCGCGUCCCGUUCCAGCUGGCCUUCUUCAACCUCGACGCCAUGGACCCCUCGGAGCUCCUCGCCAUCACCGCAGGCGACGCGGUCGCCGUCCACCUCCCGGCCGGCUCGGUGCACGCCCCCGCGGUGCCAUCCGUCCUUCACCUCGUCAGGCGCCUUGGCGCCAAGCUUGUCGUCUCCGUGGACCGCAGCUGUGACCGCGGCGAGCUGCUCUUCGCCGCGCACCUGUUCCAGGCGUUCCAGUCCUGCGUCUUCCUGCUCGAGUCCCUGGACGCCGUCGGCACGGCCGCCGACGUCGCCGCCAAGAUCGAGCGCUUCUUGAUCAAACCGAGGAUCGAGAGGUGCGUGGCGGAGAGGUACCGCGCCGCCGCCGCGGGCGACAAGACGCCGCCCUGGCGGGCAAUGCUCGCGUCGGCCGGCUUCGUGCCGGUGCAGGCAAGCAGCUUUGCGGAGGCGCAGGCGGAGUCGCUGCUCAAGAAGGUGCCCGUGCGGGGCUUCCGCGUCGAGAAGCGUGCCGGCUCGCUCGUCCUGCAUUGGCAACGCGGAGAGCUGCUCUCCGUGUCCGCCUGGAGAUGCUAG